ACUACGUUUCCCAGAAUGCCUCGGGGCGGGGGCAGGCAGAAGGCUGAGCUGGGACCCGCUGCUGGGAGACAUUACAAGAGGGCCUGAUCCCUGGGCAGAGUUGGAUGCAGGCGCCUCGGGGAGGGGAAGCUGCUGCUGCUGCGCGGUUCCAGCUGACACAUCUCGGGCCCGGCUGUGGCAGAGGAGAAGGCGGGGGGCAUGGCGGAGACCGGCUCGGUGCAUGAGACCAGGUUUGAGGCGGCCGUGAAGGUGAUUCAGAGCUUGCCCAAAAAUGGUUCAUUCCAGCCAUCGAAUGAAAUGAUGCUCAAGUUCUAUAGCUUUUAUAAGCAAGCAACCCAAGGACCCUGUAACAGUCCAAGACCUGGAUUCUGGGAUCCUAUUGGUAGAUAUAAAUGGGAUGCUUGGAGUGCUUUGGGGGAUAUGCCCAAAGAAGAAGCCAUGAUAGCGUAUGUAGAAGAAAUGAAAAAGAUUCUUGAGAGUAUGCCAAUGACGGAGAAAGUUGAAGAAUUACUACAAGUGAUAGGCCCAUUCUAUGAAAUAGUAGAGGAUAAAAAGAACAGAGGAUCUGGCCUAACAUCAGUCCGACUGGAGAAAGUUUCUAAAUAUUUAGAAGACCUUGGUAAUGUUAUGACUUCCACACCAAAUUCAAAGGCCGUGAAUGGUAAAGCUGAGAGCAGUGACAGUGGAGCAGAAUCGGAAGAGGAAGAGGGUCAUGAAGAAGAGGAAAAAGAAAUACAACAAAGUGAAAAAGACUAUAAGAAUGUAAAGCAGGACUCAGCAGCAUCUAAGGAUUUGGAAAGUAUUGUCACUAAUGGCUGUUAUAAGGACAACUUUGUUCCAGAAAUGCAGAAUGGCAUCCAGACUAAAUCUGCCCUGAAUGGCUUAAAUGUAGAGGAAGAAAUAACGAAAGUGGAGCAAAGCCUAGCACUAACGGGAAAAACUAACAACAGUGGUCACCAAGGUUCAAAUGAAGACAGUGUUGAAGAGGUCUCAGGAAUUCAGCACUUGACAAGUGAUUCAGACAGUGAAGUUUUUUGUGAUUCUAUGGAACAAUUUGGACAAGAAGAGCCCUUGGAAAUGAUUACAUCAGCCAAAGGACCUUUACAGCAUUCAUCCCAUUUCUUGGAAGUAGAUCACAGUCAUCUGUUGGAAAAUGCUGGUUUUCCUGAACAUGCUCACCUGCCCUCUGAAAAUUUUAGAGUGGAGGAUAUAACAGAAGCAGCAGUUGAAGGAAAAGGUGAAGUCAAGUGUGGGGGAGAAGAUGGCAAAAGCAGCGAUGGAGGCCCUCACAAAGAGAAGAAAGGCGGAGAAAAGGUGGAUUUCCAUGGAGUCAGAAGAGGGAGAGGGCAUAGGAUGCAGCCUCUGGGUGAUGGUGCUCAAGGUGGACAGAUGGGCAGUGGAGGGGAUGGAGAACGCUGGGGGUCAGACAGAGCACCAAGGGGCAGCCUCAAUGAACAAAUUGCAGUAGUGCUCAUGAGGUUACAAGAAGACAUGCAGAACGUCCUUCAGAGACUGCAUACACUGGAGGCACUGACAGCCUCCCAGGCAAGAUCUGUGACGCUACAGUCAAAUUUACAACCUGCCUCAUCUGUUAAGAGACCAUUGUGGUGGCCCUUUGAUAUUUCUCCUGGCACUUUAGCCUUUGCUGUUGUAUGGCCCUUUGUUGCCCAGUGGUUGGUGCAUGUAUACUUUCAAAGAAGGCGAAGAAAAUGAACUGAGAACUUAAUUUUUGAUUUUGCUUAAAGACUACUGGGACUGGGACAGCCUGGAGAGAGAAGGAAUUCAGAAUUCACAUGAGAGCCUCCGGAUCUGUGAUGGCUAAAUCUUCCUUCGGUUGUAGUAAUUUAAUUUUUUGCAUUACCUGGGAGCUAACUACUUAAGGACUAACAUUACUGAUACUUGAAUGAUCCACUGCUCCUAGAUUACAAGUAAAAUAAAUAAUUAUCCCAUCCUCAAACCAUAUGAACAUUAAAUUAUUAAUCUUUUGAAAUGGAUUUCUGGCUGGGUAUUCUGUAGAUAUGACUGAUUUUUUUUUAUGGCAAUUAAUAAUGAGGGGGAUGUCAGCUUUGUAAAAAGAAAAAAAUCCUGUAUAUAUGGAAUAGAAAAUUGUAAAACUCACUUUAACAUUAGGAUGAUUUUGCAAUUUCAGUAAUUCAGAUUUCUUUCAUGUUACAUACUGUGCGAUAGAAGCAGUGACUGGGAAGACAGUAUAAGUCCUGUGCGUACAUUAUAAGGUGGCUGAAAGGCUGCAUGUAAUGUUGUAGCUUUGAAGGGCUCAACUGGUCUAUUUUGCUGCUAGACAGAUGUGGGGUACAUUUCUUUGUACAUCAGCCAUAGGUGGAAUCAAAUAUUUGACUGAAUAAUCCUGCCAUUCAUUGCACUAUAUGUAAACCAAAACCACUUUAGCAUCUUGCAUGUUAGAGACACAGUAGUAACAUGGGGAUUGUUGAUUAUAACGUUGAGAGCAGUGUAUGGUGUAAAGGAGCCAUAGAGAGAAGCUGCGCUGAAUAAUACUUUUCAUUCAUAUAUCUUUCUCUACUGCUAACUGGUUUCAUUUUAACUGAGACAUGAAGUUUAUGCACAUAGUGCUUUAAAAUACAAGAUGAAAACUAGCUACACCCAAUAUUUGUAAGAUUUUACAAAGUUUAGUCCUGUGUAAGCUAUUAUUUUAUGUAGUAGUUAUUUAAAGGAUAGAUGAAUUAAUCUAGCCCCAACAUCUAUGUGGCCUUUUCCCACCCCAAAACCUACUGGUGAGAAAACAUCUGUUUCCAUAUUUUCCUUUUAUCCUUCCCAGUGCAUUCAAAUAUUUUCCAAAAUGUAUAUGCUAAUUUUGGUGCUGAUUAUCCUUUCCAGUGGUAUUUAUUCAUAUAUAGAAAUUUUAUCAGUAUAAACAUGAAUAUAUUACAAUCUUGUGAAGUUUGCUUGGUCAAAGUAUGCUUUGCAGUUUGAUUUUUUUAAAAAAAAAUGUAUCUAAGUUACAUAGCCUAGAUCUAUGAGAAGGUGAGCAGUAUAUUAAGAUAUUUUCUGCACAAAGUAAGAAAUCAGACCUAGAUAGUAAAAUGGUUGCUUUGCAUCUGCAAUGAAGAAGAAAAAUUCCAUUAUGCCAUAACUUACAUUUAAAAUAUGAAUCUUAAACACUUUUUGCUGUCUCAUUCUUUAGUCAGAGUGAUACAUUACAAAUAAUUCAUGGGAAAUGUCUCUUGGGAUAAGACAUGCUGUAAGGUCUCUUAUUUUAUAGUUUUGGAAAGCACUUCUUUCAUACAAGUUACACUGUAUAAAAUAGAUAUAAUUAUAGGAUUUAAUGUUUCUGCCAUGUUUAACAGAACAUGAUUUUAAUCUUGUCUUUAAAUACUUUAAAAAAAUGUUCUCCCUCUUGAUCUUUGAUGUAAAACUGAGUUACUAAAUAAAGUGACAAGAGAACAGCUCUGA